UUACAAAAACCAAACUAUCAAAGCUAAACGACAACAAUCAAAAAUCAAAUCGCCAUGGAAGUAUCAUCUUCUUCUCCACCGCCAUCAAAAAAAGGACCACCAACACCAACCAAACCCUCCCUCUCCUCCGCCGCCGCCGCCGCCGGCCGAUCUCCCAACCGCCGCCGCCGCCUCUGCGUCUGCAUCUCCGCAACAGUUGCCGCCGUACUCGCGAUCGUUUUUAUCGCAGUAAUCCUCUCCCAGACGGUGUUCAAGCCGAAGCGUCCCAUAACGACGGUGAACGACGUGUCGUUGAAGGAUCUGUCUCUCAAUGUCGCCCGCCUCGGCAUCGACCUGAACGUUACCGUCGGCGUGGAUCUGUCGGUGAAGAAUCCGAACAAGGUCGACUUCAGGUACGGCAACACCACCUCCGUGCUCAGCUACCGCGGCGAGCAGGUCGGCGAGGCCGCCAUUCCGGGCGGCGAGAUCUCCGCCGGCGAGACCGUGCCGAUGAACGUGACGCUUACGGUCAUGGCCGAUAGGUUGCUGUCGAGGUCGCAGGUUUAUUCCGACUUCUUGGCCGGCGAUGUGCCGUUCAACUCGUAUACGAGGAUCGCCGGCAGAGUCACCAUUCUCGGGAUCUUCAAGAUCCACGUCGUCUCCGUCACGUCUUGUGAAUUCGCCGUCGACGUUUCGAAUCGAACCGUUUCGGAUCAACGGUGCACUUACAAGACUAAGCUAUGAUUUAUUUAUUUCUUUUUUCUCGUAUUUGGG